CGGCGCGAGAGGUACCAGCCGGGCAGUCGUGCGCCUGUGUGAGUGUUUUGGGUGCCGAUUCGUCAACGCGAGCGGACUACAAACGGGGAAGUGCCACAGCUCCGCAGUCCCCGUCGUCGUCGCAUUUUCACAGUAAAAAAGAGGCCGCUGCCCCGCCAUGGCCGCCAUGCGGUCGCUGACCACGCUGGCCUUGGCGCUGGCCGUGGCGCUGGCCCUGGCCGUGUCCGAGGCCGUGCCCCAGGACAAGGCGGCCGACUCGGCGGACGACCUCUACUACCGCCAGCAGGGCGGCCAGCAGGGCCUCGGCCAGGUCGACGACGUCGCCGUGGACGCCGAGGCGUCGGCCAACCCUUCCGGCCCGUCCGACCCGCUGGCGGCCUCGGACCCCAGCCUGCUGAGGUCGGUGGGCGGCGCUGGCGGCUACAACCCCAACAGCGCCUACCAGCCCGGCGGCUUCCAGUACCAGGCCGCCGGCUACCAGCCCGGCCUCGGCACCUACCAGGCCUCCGCCACGGGCGCGGACGCCGUGGCCGCGUCGCACGACCAGCUCGACUUCAAGUACCACAACUACGAGAAGAUGACCAAGUACUUGAGGACCACGUCGAGCCGCUACCCCAACCUCACGGCACUGUACUCCAUCGGCAAGUCGGUUCAAGGCCGCGACUUGUGGGUGAUGGUGGUGUCCGCCUCCCCCUACGAGCACAUGAUCGGCAAGCCCGACGUCAAGUACGUGGCCAACAUGCACGGCAACGAGGCGGUGGGCCGGGAGCUCAUGCUGCACCUCAUCCAGUACCUGGUCAACAGCUACUCCACGGACCCGUACAUCAAGUGGCUGCUGGACAACACGCGCAUCCACCUGCUCCCCUCCAUGAACCCCGACGGCUUCGAGGUCUCCAGGGAGGGCCAGUGCGACGGCGGCCAGGGCCGCUACAACGCCCGCGGCUUCGACCUCAACAGGAACUUCCCGGACUACUUCAAGCAGAACAACAAGCGGGGCCAGCCUGAGACGGACGCGGUCAAGGAGUGGACGUCCAAGAUCCAGUUCGUGCUCUCGGGGGGACUCCACGGCGGCGCCCUGGUGGCGAGCUAUCCAUUCGACAACACGCCCAACUCCAGAAUGUGUCGGUCUACGCCGCUCUGCUCAGUGUUCCAGAACUACGCGUCGACGCCGUCCCUGACGCCCGACGACGACGUGUUCAAGCACCUGGCCCUCACCUACUCCACCAACCACCCCGUCAUGAGCCGCGGCGUGGCCUGCAAGGCCGGCACCCCCGCCUUCAACAGGGGCAUCACCAACGGCGCCGAGUGGUACCCCCUCACCGGCGGCAUGCAGGACUUCAACUACGUGUGGUACGGAUGCAUGGAGGUGACGCUGGAGCUGUCGUGCUGCAAGUUCCCGCCCGCGUCUGAGCUGCCCAAGUUCUGGGAGGAGAACAGAGUGUCGCUGGUCAAGUUCCUGGCGGAGGCGCACCGCGGCGUGCACGGCUUCGUCAUGGACGAGAACGGCAACCCCGUGGAGAAGGCCGCCCUCAAGGUCAAGGGCCGCGACGUCGGCUUCCAGACCACCAAGUACGGCGAGUUCUGGCGCAUCCUGCUGCCCGGAGUCUACAAGCUGGAGGUGUACGCCGAGGGCUACCUGCCCCGCGAGGUGGACCUGAUGGUGGUGGAGCAGCACCCCACGCUGCUCAACGUGACCCUGCACCCCGCCAAGCGAAAUGACAACUUGUACCGCCAUCCAACAGUAGGGGACCGUCUUGGCCCAGGUCCCAGCCCUUCCUACCACAAUCAACAUAGUCCACAAUCCCACACCAGCAAGCCGGCCUCAGAUGGGGGAAUUUUCUCCAGCAUUACAUCAGGAUUCAACAACUUUGUGAGCAACAUUUUCGGAUGAGACGUCUCAAAACACAAUUUUGUAAGGCUUUGAUAAGCUGCUUGCGCUUUGAUAAUGUCUGCCAGUUGUGGCUGUGCUCCCCAAAAGAACUGACAGAAAUAAUAACUUGGGGUGGACAAAAUUAUUUGAGGUCAGUAGCUUCACUUCACAUGGACUAGGCAUGUAUGUAUCUUCCAUGCGAAAAAGCAGUGAAAACUGUGUGAAUUUCCAGAAAACAAAUCACAUAAUAUGAAAAUUGUAAGAACUCCAAAUAAUAUGUUGGUUAUGGAAACAAAAUUAACCUCCGAUGAAAAUGUGUUUUCUGAAUUCACACGUUUUCAAAGGCAGGAUCUUCACUUACUUGAUGCUGAAGGCAUCCAGUUGCAUGAAAUCUUCCUCAUUUACUUAUUGAUAAGUAGAAUAUCUAUGUGAUUCUUCCCUGAAAAAAGGGAACGAGAUUUUUUUAUACCACCCUAGAGGAGCAAACUAUUGAAAGUAGGGCACAAGCUCUAAAAUUUGAAACCAUUAAAUUUAGAGUAUUACUGACACGAGGGAUCUUGAAAAAUUAUGACAGAGCAAACAAUGAUCAAUGACUAAUUAUCCCUACUAGUUUUUGUCUGUGGUAGAAACACUAAAAAAUAAAACAGAAGUGUUCAAGGCUAUAUUUAAGUUUAGAAUAUAAGUUAUAUGACUAUUUAUGGUAAAAAGGUGUUUUAUUUCCUCUUUCCUAUCACAUCACUGCUGACAAAAUAAUUUGAAUGAAAAGUCCAAAAAAUACCAAGAAAAUUGUAAACAAAGACCACAGCCGGAAAAAGUAAGUUCAUUCUGGAAAUUUGGUAUGACAAAGGAUGUUCACAAAGCAAAAAAAAAAAGUUUAA